GCGCUGCCGCCCCCCGGGCCGGGGCUGUCACCGCGCCGCCGGAGGAGGCGCCGCGCCUGAGGCCGGGCGUCCGUCCGGGGCUGCCAGCAUGUUUGACAGGACGCGGCUGCCCUUCGUGGUGCUGGACGUGGUCUGCGUGGUGCUGGCUGGCUUACCCCUUGGUGUUCUAAACUUGGCCAAAAUAAAACCGUAUCAGAGAGGCUUUUUCUGUAAUGAUGACACCAUCAAGUAUCCGUUCCAUGACAGUACCAUCACAUCCACUGUCCUCUACACAGUGGGGUUCACCCUGCCCAUUUUCUCUAGAGGAGUUUUCUGUAGUGAUGAAUCCAUCCGGUAUCCAUACAAAGAGGACACCAUUUCUUAUAAGUUGUUAGCAGGAAUAAUUGUUCCUUUCAGUAUAAUUGUUAUAAUCCUAGGAGAGACGCUCUCUGUCUUUUAUAAUCAUUUGCACUCAAAUUCGUUUGUCAGAAAUAACUACAUAGCCACUAUUUACAAAGCCAUUGGGACCUUCAUUUUUGGAGCAGCUGCCAGCCAGUCGUUGACAGACAUUGCCAAGUACUCCAUCGGGAGACUGCGUCCUCACUUCCUUGCUGUGUGCCAGCCCGACUGGACACGGAUCAACUGCAGUCUAGGUUACAUCGAGAACUUCUCUUGUCAAGGAGACAAAGGAAAGAUCAAUGAGGGAAGACUAUCAUUUUACUCUGGCCAUUCUUCAUUCUCCAUGUACUGCAUGCUGUUCCUAGCACUUUACCUUCAGGCCAGAAUGAAAGGGGACUGGGCAAGACUUGUACGUCCUACUAUACAAUUUGGUCUCAUUUCUGCAUCCAUCUAUGUGGGUCUCUCACGUGUUUCUGAUUACAAGCAUCACUGGAGUGAUGUUUUAACAGGACUCAUUCAGGGAGCAGUGGUGGCUGUGCUCAUUGUUGUGUACGUGUCUGACUUCUUCAAAGUGAGAGGAUGCACAUUUCAACCGAAAGAAGAUUCCCAUACAACCCUGCAUGAGACUCCAACAAAUGGAAACCACUUUGGCAGCAAUCAUCAACCAUGAAGAAUGACCCACCUCACCUGUCUUGCUCUCUAGAAGAGAAACAAUUUCACAAGUCUAACUAUGUAAUAUAAGUAAAUGCCUUUAAGAGACUGCUGCUGCUCUUGUAUGCUCACUUUACCUGUAUAUAGUAACAGCUACCACAGUUAUUGUAUAGCUAAAUGUUUAAUUUUUGUUGGUUCAAGCUCUUGCUUAAAACAAAAAAAGUUAUUCAAAUUGUAAAUUUUUAUUGAAAACAUGGUAACAGUUAUAUUACAUACACUGCUGUUUGUACAUGCCUUGUUGAAACAACUGUGGUUUAAAUACACACCAUUAAAGGACAUAAUUACUUGA